AUGUUUGAUACUCUUGGACUCACUUGCCUGAUUUGGUGGUAUAUGAUGUUAUUUCAUCCCUUGCAUGCUGACAUCCAGUGUAUAGGGUCAGAAGCACAAGAAUCACCUAUUACAAAAGUGAAAAUGAAUUGGAGAAAAAUGGAACUGUCCUGGGAGUUUAGGAAUUUCUCCAACUACAAAUGUACCAUCAUGGACAGGGACAUGGAAAGUGUACUGAAAGAGGUGAAUAGUCCACUCUGCAGAUUCCCAGUGGAACAAUACCUGCCUCUGCAUAAGGGGGUCUUCUUUACCAUUGAAGUGCCAAACACAAACAUCUCAAAAAACUGCACCUUUAUCCCUGGAGGCAUGGAUGGGUCGGCCAUUGAAAACUUCUCCUGUGUGCUUUAUAACGUUUCCCUCAUGAACUGCACUUGGCAGGCAGGCAGGGAUGCUCCAGGAGAUACACAGUAUUUUCUCUACUGGCAGAACUCAAGAGAUGACGACAAGAUGGAAUGUGAGCUUUACAUUAAAGAUGAAAAUGGCAGAAACAUGGGAUGUAGAUUCCAAAAUGUGAGGAUAGGAACUGAAAAAGCUUACUUCCUGGUGAAUGGGUCCAGCAAAGACUCCCUGAUCCAGUUCUAUGAUGAGUACAUUGAACUGUAUGAAAUUG